CCUCCACGUGGUAAGAUCUGGGUCGGUAUUACUUGCGAUUCAUCGAUCAUCUAAAUCUAAAUUAUGUGACGCAAGUACUACCGGGCGAAUGGCUGCAUAUUUCAGUGCGUUUCUAAAACGUUUGUCUUUUUUCUUCUUUUUAAUUGUAUUCAAAAAUUAUAAUUCUAAAUUAUCACAUAUUGUUAAUGUUAAUUUCUUAUUUAAUUAAACGUACUGGAUAUCUUAUAAUUAGAAUUUCAAUGAUUUCCAUCAAAAGUUAUAUUGUGAUAGCAAUAAAUAGGAUUGGGAUAAGGUUAUCAGCUGUUACUAAUGCAUAGGAAGUUUUCAAUAAAAUUGAAAUCCUCUGUAGCGUAUUGAUAACUUUGAAAUAGAUAUACAACUGUGAGUUACGCAUCUGAAAUAUUAAUCUCUGCUUUUAUUCUCCGAUUUUAUAUCUUUAUUAAUCAUCGCUUGGCGGUUCCGAGAAGAGAAAUUCGUUUUUCCUAAUAGAAUAUUUAUCCAAUCUAUAUUUCUGCGAAUCACUUUAUACAUAUCGCCAAUAUUUCGAAGUUUGAUUUAUUGGCUUGAUUGACAAAUAAUUGCCAUUUUAUUGUAACAAAACUUUAUAAUUUAUUAGAAUACAAUGGUAUUUUUAUUUAUAAAUUAAUUAAAUAUGAAUUCAAUAUUUUAUAUUAUUAAUCUUAUCAUUUUAUACGGCUGUUGGGAUUAAUUCUUAUAAGAAUUUAUGAUGAUUAUCUGUUUAUCCAUGAAUUCGUUUAGGUUUUAGAAGAAGCAGAAAAAAAAUUUUUAGUCGAUAAAAUGUGAAAUAUUUUAUUGUAGAAAGCGUUGUCGUAAAAAUAAUUAGGUUUUUUUCUUUUUUUUCUUUUCUUUUUCAUGCGACAUUUAUUCUUGAGACAAUACUCGUUCGUCAUUUCAUAUAAUCACAAGAUUAGGAUCAGAUGGAGCAAAAGGGAGAUGGGGGAAGGGGGUGACUUUGGAAUGAGAGGAUGAGAAGCAGGUUUAAACGCUAAGUGGUCGUACGUUGGUAAUUCAGGCAUGCGCUCGUAAGGUGGCGGCUGGUUUAACCUGGUGAGGGUUUCGCAAGAGGGCGAAGGAAGAAGAAUCAAGGACGAGAAGGUGGCGGCGGCGGGAGUACGACGAGAGUAAAGCGAGUAAGCACGCGCGCGCAGCCCUGAUGUGUUAAAAGGGAGUUGUGUGCUCGCAAUACGAUGCUGUGGUACCCUCGUUCUCGUUGAAAUCGCCUCAGUUCAUUCGCGACUCUCUUGACACGAGGGUGAAUGAAAAACACCGGUAGGCUACACAUUAUUCCUUUUUCAUAUCGUAAUUCGCGAUCGCGUUUUAUCAGUGAAAGUGUAUUUCGUCGAAUGAAAAUACAAUAAUACGAGGGAAAAUCCAUCAUGUUGAUUAGAUAUUUUUCAUUAUCAGGAUUAUUAUCAUCAUCAUCAUCUAUCUUGUCGUUCGAUGGAGACGAUAUUAACGGAGAAAACAGUAUUAAGAAAAGUCAUUGAUCAAUCGGCGUAGAUUAGAAUUUUUGAAAUUAUUCAAGGGGAUGAUGAUAAAGAAUAUUACGAUACCAGUGAAGAUGGAUAUCCUAAGGAAGCUGAUUCAACCUAAAUUGAAGCUCGUCCUAUUUGCGUUGAUUUUUUAUAUGGACACAGCUCUGGCCGGAAGUUGCAGUGCUGCGAAGCUUUGUUGUCAAGGAAGAGACUCCGGUUGUGUCAUACAAAAGGAAUCACCUAAUGCCAUUAUUGAGAGUCCACGAGACAAACCGUGUUAUUGCGAUCACGCGUGUCUCAAACUCGCUGAUUGUUGCGACGAUUUCAAGGAAACUUGCGGCGUCGUAGAUUGCAUAGUGAACGAAUGGAGCGAGUGGUCGGCAUGCAACACCGGAUGCGGUAGUGGAACGCAAAAAAGAAGUCGCAGCGUUCGGAUCUCGGAGAAAAACGGCGGGAAGCAUUGUCCUAGACUGGAUCAAAUCAGGAGCUGUCGAAGCUUUCAAUCUUGUCACUCUGGCAUUCUUCGUCCUCUACUUCACGACAGGAGUGUGACACUACUCUCCUUCUUACCUGGCGACUACAACGAUACAGAAGUUGGCAUUGGAAAUGAAAUAUCCAGAAUGAGCCAGAGAUGUGUCGCCUUCACCAUCGUGCGUGCCUCUAGAGCUUGCAAACGGAUAUCUUCUUUCUUGGCCGAAGGUACGAGAAUAUGCGUCGAACAACACGAGGAUGACGAGGAGGAUGAGGAUGAGGAAAGUGAGGAGGGAAAAGGUGGUGGUGGUGGUGGUGGUGGUGGUGAUGAUAGUAGUAGUAGUACUAGUAGAGGUAGAAGAGGAAGAGAUGGUAGAAGAGGGAACUUGCUCGUGGGUAUUGGCAGAUGGAAACUAUCGACGUCCGUCGACGGCGGAAGUGCUGCUAGAACGGCGAUGAAUUCGAGCUGCCACGGGAAAUGGAUAGGCGAUUCAAGGCUCCUCAUCGAUUGCGACGAUCCAAGUUGUGGAGAAACCACGACGACGCGUCUACGAGUUUCUAGACGCCUACGGAGAAGCUUGGAAACUCGAGAUGAUCUAAAUGAGGAUUAUGAUGACAUGGAGGAUGAUUUUAGGUGGACCAAACCAGUCGGAGAAAGAUUCAGAAGGUGGAGGAGAAGUAGACGACGAAAGAGGAGCAGAAGAAGAAGAAACGACGAACUUCUUAAAUCUUAAUCACGAUAAUGAUGAUGAUGAUGAUGAUGAUUUUUUAUUUUUCUUUUUUUUUUUUUUUUAUGAUAUUUCUCUUUCUUUUUGUCCAAGUGAUUUUCGUUUCUUUCCUCCGCACUUUCUGUUCUUUCUUCUUCGUCCCUUCGUGAUAUUUAUUUUUCCUCGUUAAUUCUCUCCAGCAGUGUUUGUUGAAUGCCUAAAAGUUCCCAUUCCAAACGAAGUUUUGUCCUUAGAAUAAUUAAUUGUCAUUGUUUUCCUUCGUUCUAAUUAACUAAAAAAUACUAUUUACGAUACGAACACUAAAAUAAAGAUAUCUCUUUGUCGAUAUGGAAAUUUAUGAAGAAAUUGAGUAUAUAAAUAAAUGAAUAAAUAAUUGAAUGUACGAUCCUGAAA